AUGUUUAAUAACAGAAGGGAUGGGUUUGAUGCCCUUUUAAAAAGAAAGCAGCUAAGCGCGUUUUCAAAGUUUUGCUCAGAUCCAACCUACUUCCUGGCGCAGUCUAUAUAUAAAUUACCACGAAGACUUCCUUCUACGCAUUCGUGUCCUGUUACAGUGGUGUGUAUCUCUGACACACACAACUAUCAACCGAACCUCCCUGAUGGCGAUAUUCUCGUUCAUGCUGGAGAUCUCACUCAGUCUGGAUCUCUGGCUGAAGUCCAGCGCGCUCUUAACUGGUUAAACUCACAGCCCCAUCAACACAAAUUUGUUGUUGCUGGCAAUCACGAUCUCAUCUUGGAUGCCUCAUUUCCAUCAGCCCAUUUUCGCGAUCGACAAAACAUUGACUGGGGCAGCAUCGUCUAUCUUCAGAAUAAUACGGCCACCGUCCAGUGCGCGAGAGAUCGAACUAUUAAAAUAUACGGGAGCCCCUUCUCCGCCCGCCAUGGCAAUUGGGCAUUCCAAUAUCCACCAACAAUCGAUAUAUGGGAAGGCACAAUACCAGAGAACACAGAUAUUUUGAUAACCCAUGGACCCCCAAAGGGCCAUUUAGAUCUGAACAAACUGGGAUGUGGGUUUCUUUUGAAAGAGUUGUGGCGAUUAUCUACAAAGCCAAAGCUUCACGUAUUUGGUCAUAUACAUGAAGGUUAUGGAAUUGAAAAAGUCUCUUACGACCGUGUUCAGAAGGCAUACGAUGAUUUCAUCUUAUCUGGUGGAGGCGUGUUGUUUUUGAUCUAUUUAUGGUAUGUCUACAUACUUUCGGCAUUGGGGAUUGAGAAACAACUGCCUUCGGGGUGGCUUGUAAAUGCGUCCGUGGUUGGAGGCUUGCGCGAUGAGAAGCGAAGAGGAGCAGUAACGAUUAAUAUCUAG